GGGUAACUACGUAACUUCCGCUAUUUCGUCAUCACUGAGCGACUCUUUUCUCUGACCGCCUCAAGUGGUUGAAGCUAACCACCUCGUUUGAAAAAUAUGGCACCUUCACCUACUAAGCGGAAGGAAGAGGAAAAAACUAAAGACAGAGGCAAAGAAAAGACUGGUACCAAGGAAGGAGACAAGGAAAGAGGACGGGAUAAGGCAAGGAAACGCCGCAGUGCUUCCACUGGCAGCAGCAGCAGGUCCAGAUCUAGUUCUACUUCAAGCAGCAGUUCUGGUUCCAGCUCAGGUUCCUCAAGUGGAUCCAGCUCCUCUGGCUCUAGCCGCUCUGGCUCUUCAAGCUCUCGUUCCUCCUCCUCUUCCAGCUCCUCAGGCUCCCCUAGCCCCGGCCGUAGACGCCAUGACAACCGCCGCCGCUCCCGAUCAGCGUCGAAAACACAGAAAAGGGGAGAUGAUAAAGAGCGGAGGAAGAGAAGCCCAAGCCCCAAACCAACUAAAGUCCACUUAGGCCGUCUGACCAGGAAUGUCACCAAGGAACACAUCCAGGAGAUCUUUGCUACUUAUGGAAAAAUCAAAAUGGUUGAAAUGCCAACAGACAGGGUCCACCCAAACCUGUCCAGGGGCUACGCUUAUGUGGAGUUUGAGACUCCUGAGGAAGCCCAGAAGGCCCUGAAACACAUGGAUGGAGGUCAGAUUGAUGGACAAGAAAUCAGUGCAUCUGCUGUUCUGGCCCAACGAGUCCGACCUCCACCGCGUCGCCCAUCUCCCCCUCGCAGAAUGCCCCCACCACCACCUAUGUGGCGUCGCAGUCCACCACGCAUGAGGAGAAGGUCUCGCUCCCCAAGGAGGCGUUCCCCAGUACGUCGCCGCUCUCGUUCAAGAUCUCCUGGUCGCAGGCGUCACCGCUCUCGCUCCAGCUCUAACUCCUCCAGAUAGACGGUUUCCUGCCUCAUGACACCAAGUGAUCUCUUGGAAUCUCGAACACCAGAUCAGCUGGAGUUCUUCCUCUCCCUGAUCCCAUGGACUCAUCAGAAAUGAAACUGUCUUCAUUGUAGCGACAUAAACAUGUAGUUGCAUGUAGAAGUCGAAAUGUUUUUGUCCUUUUUGGAAAUAUGAGGUUUUUUUUCAUAUUUUUUGUUGAUCCUGAAGAGGCUGUCUCGGUUGUUUGUUGAGUUUGGGCUCCACUGAGAUCUAAAAAUAUUCUUUUUAAAGUGAGACUUCUUUUUACCAUGUAUUAAAUUUAGAUGUUUUGAAAAAUAAAAAUGCUGAAACACA